GGGAGGUGAAAGGGGAGGAACUAAUCAUCUGUCCACCUUAGGAAAUGAGGUGAUCGCAGUCGACUGGAAGGGCCUGAAGGAUGUGGACCAAAUCAACAUGGACAGCACCAGCUCGCUGCAUGGGAGCAGCCUCCACCGGCCAUCGACCGAGCAAACCCGGACGGAUUUCUCCUGGGAUGGCAUCAAUCUCUCCAUGGAGGACACCACUUCCAUUCUUCCGAAGCUUAAGCGAAACUCUAACGCCUAUGGCAUUGGGGCCCUGGCCAAGUCAUCGUUCUCAGGGAUUUCUCGAAGCAUGAAGGACCACGUGACAAAGCCCACAGCCAUGGGGCAGGGCCGGGUGGCCCACAUGAUUGAGUGGCAGGGCUGGGGGAAGACACCAGCCAUUCAGCCGCAACACAGCCACGAGGCCGUGCGCAGGGAUACAGAUGCCUACUCCGACCUCAGCGAUGGUGAGAAGGAGGCACGUUUCCUAGCAGGUGUCAUGGAACAGUUUGCUAUCUCUGAGGCCACUCUCAUGGCCUGGUCUUCUAUGGAUGGUGAGGACAUGAGUGUCAACUCCACCCAGGAACCAUUGGGCUGCAACUACAGUGACAACUACCAGGAGCUGAUGGAGAGUCAGGAUGCCCUCGGUCAAGCCCCAAUGGAUGGAUGGCCUCACUCCUAUGUGUCCCAGGGCAUGUACUGUCUGGGGUCAUCAGAUGCCUGGGAAGCAAGCGACCAGUCCCUCAUUGCCUCUCCAGCCACAGGAUCCUAUCUUGGCCCUGCAUUCGAUGACUCACAGCCUAGCUUACAUGAAAUGGGGCCUUCCCAACCUGCUUCAGGUUACUCUGCUCAGGAGCCUCCACCUUUGCUGGGGGGAGACACUGACUGGGCUCCAGGGGUGGGCGGAGUGGACCUAGCAAGGGGCCCUGCUGAGGAGGAGAAGAGGCCGUUGGCCCCCGAGGAGGAAGAGGAUGCGGGAUGCCGGGACCUGGAGUCACUUUCCCCACGAGAAGACCCCGAGAUGUCCACCGCUCUCAGCCGGAAGGUGUCUGAUGUCACAUCCUCAGGGGUGCAGUCCUUUGAUGAGGAGGAGGGCGAGGCGAACAACUAGCUUCCUCUGACGCCACGCCCUGCCUUCCACUCCCACCCGAGGGGCAUGGCUGCAGCAACAUCCUCCCUCCCCCAGCAGUAUAGCUGCAACUGGAACAGAAGACCUAGAGGAGCCCAGGAGCUGCCAAUCCUCGCCAGCAAAACGGAGGGCCAGGCUGGGAUUUUAUCCAGGCUUACGCUGUGGAACCCACAGGUCCAGGAACUGAGGCGCAGGCAACUAGAUGGCUGUGAACUUCACUUGGCUGCCGGCUUCUGGGUCUGUGAUUGUGUUCUGGGCACAGGAGCGCAGAAUGGCUCAUGGCCGUCCCCAGGAUCUCAGUUCACUCCCUGCUCUCGUCUUCCUGCAGCCCUGACUGUGGCUGUCUGAAGGCCUCCUUUCUCCAUGCCACUCUUGCUUUUCCCGACUCUUUUCUCUGGCUGUGGCCCAAGCUCAUCUCUCAUAUGAGGAACAGACCUCAGGGGCUGGGACGUGGCUCAGUGGGCACAGGAGAAGCAACUAAAGACCACGUCUCCUUGAAGGGUGGAGAUCUGCCCUCAGAGGAAACUUGGCUUCUGGGAUCAGGAGUCUCGGAGGAGGUGGGCGUGGCAGCCGGGGCACAAACAUGGUUCUUUCUCUCAAGGGCUGCCCAGAGACCAGGCCGUCACUGGUGAGACCGAUAACAAACGUGGCCACUUGUUCUGGGAUCUUGAGUAUCCUGUAGCCAAAAGGAGGACCCUAAGGAUCUGAGAAGGGACCCCACCAGGGCUGGCUUCUCCAGCUCCUGCUUCCCUCUUCUGCCUUCUUCCAUCCCCCGCCUGGGAGCCCAGGGCUGAGCAGGUGACAGAAUGCAGGUGUCCUGGCCAGACAGGGAAGCAUGAAGCUGUGUCUCCCUCCAACCACCCCCUAAUUCUCUGGAGCUGUUUACACUUUUCUCUUUGCCUUUUCUACAUUUUUAUAACUUCUUGGGGACUCAGGGUGGAGUAGGGUGGAGGGAGGAGUCCGGUGCUGUCAGGUCCGGGCGGGACAGGGUGUUUGCCGAGGAGCGGCCGGCGUGGGCUCCCCGUGCUCCUCUUCGCCUCCUCCCAGGCCUCCCAGGGGGGCCGCGCAGGUCCCCCUCCCUCCCUAGGCCUCCUGAGGAGGAAGAGGAGAAUCGGGGUAUUCCUCUUUCCAGGACGGGUUACACUGAGACACACACCCCUGAAACUGCUCGCCCUCCCGCACCCACCUUCCAUUCUGGUGGGGACUUCCGCGCAGCACGUGAAGCCCCGGCGCUUCUGUAAAGGGCCCGGACGCAGGGGCCAGGGUGGACGGGUUGACGGGAGAGGCGGCAGCAGCGCACUGCCCCUCCCCUCUGCAGUGGUGCCCCAGAACCUGGGCAGGAGAGACACACUGAGAGGGUCCUUGUCCCACCUCCCUCUUUUCUCACGCCCAUCUAAAGCUCCGGCUCCGAGGCCUCGUGUCCCACCCGAACUGUCAGGGGUCCUGCUACUUGUUUCCCCUGCCCGGAAGGGAGCACUGCGGCCCUCUCUCGGGACCUGGGCACACACCAUCCUCACCCCCAGGCUCCAGACUUCUAUUUCCUCGGAAUGAGGAGGCUGAAAGUUGGGGUGUUUCUGUCCAUCUACGACCCCGCCCCUGUCCAUCGCGUCCACACUCUCAUGCACAUGCGCACGCGCCUGAAAUGCAACCAAGGCCGGGUCCCAUGUCAUCGGGGGAGGGGAGGGUGACUGCCUGAGGUUGGUUCUUGGAGGAAACAGGAGCAGGCAAGGUGAGCACAGGUAGGUGAAGUCACCUCGUCUAAAGCUGUGGGUUGUGUGAGCCCGUGACCCGGCGUGGGCGGCCCUCGCCGCCGGCCCCGCCCCGCACGCCUGCCGCAGGUCCCUGGGGCUUUGCAUGUCACAGUUCCCUCCUCUCACGGGGUCAACCCGCCCCCUCAGUGCAUCAUCCUUUCCUCUUAGUCUCACUCCCUUCGUGCCCCACAUUCCGCCCCCAAACCGCAGUGGACAUCCAGUCUGAGCGGGUUCAUUCAUCACAGUUCCUUUUUUGCUCAGGGCCCUGUGGGGUUAGGAAAGGUCACCUAAAGGAGCGUUCUUUCCUCCCUCCUUCCCCGAGGAAGCCAAACGAUUCCUGCC